AUGUCUCGCCAAUCCACCGUGAGGAUCCAGCGGGGCCGCAGCGGUUUCAGCGCCGCCUCAGCCGCGGCUCCCACGGCGUGCAGGACCAGCUUCAGCUCCUGCUCCCUCACCCGCCUGGGGGGCUGCGGAGCCGGCAGCGGCUUCGCCAGGGUCGGGGCGGGGGGUUUCGGCAGCAAAAGCCUCUACAGCGUGGGCGGCUGCAAGAAAAUCUCCGUGGCCGGCAGGGGGGGGAGUUUUUACGGGGCCGGGGGCGUUUUUGGGGUCCCGGCCAACCUGGGUUACGGCUACGGGGCCUUCCCCGCCGGGGGGAUCCACGAGGUGUCGGUGAACCAGAGCCUCCUGAAGCCCCUCAACCUGGAGAUCGACCCCAACAUCCAGAGGAUCCGCAAGGAGGAGAAGGAGCAGAUCAAAACCCUCAACAACAAGUUCGCCUCCUUCAUCGACAAGGUGCGGUUCCUGGAGCAGCAGAACAAGGUGCUGGAGACCAAGUGGGGGCUCCUGCAGGAGCAGGGCCUGAAGACGGUGAGGAACAACCUGGAGCCGCUUUUCGAGGGCUACAUCAACAACCUGCGGGUGCAGCUCAACAGCCUGCUGAGCGACAAGGGGCGGCUCGAGGGCGAGCUCGUCAACACCCAGUACCUGGUGGAGGACUUCAAGAAGAAGUGA